UCAAUUGAAUCCAGGAAGGAUACUGUGGAUUACUUUUAUGGAGUAGAAGGAACGAAUGGCUAAUUUACCUACGGGGCUUGUAAGUCAUACCAGACGGGUGCAAAGUUUAUAUAAGAGAACUCUGAGGACUUUAGAAGACUGGUAUGACAGAAGAGAAGUAUACAGGUAUGAAGCAACUUUAAUGCGAAAAAGAUUCGAUGAUAAUAGAAAUAUAACCGAUAUGAGAGUGGCGAAGGAGCUUAUCAAUCAAGGGGAGUCAGAGUUAUCAAAGAACGCGCACUAUCAACCAAAAAAAUUUCCGCUUUCCCCUGGUGGAGUGGCCUAUGAACGAGAAGUUAUACCCCCAGAUUGGGUUGUCGAUUAUUGGCACCCCAUUGAAAAAGCUGAAUAUCCAGAAUAUUUCGCGAGAAGGGAAAAACGGAAGAAGGAAUAUGUUAAACUGUGGGAACAACAAUUUGGGAAGUCUGGUGGUAGUGGUCAUCAGUAGUUUAUAUGUGUAUAAGUUACAGUGAUUAUGUUGUUUACUAUAGAAUGUAGUCUAUUGAGGCA